CGUUCUCCUAAAUCCACGCGAUGUCGCCAGAGAGAUUCACAGACAUGUUUCCUUCAGAUGAGGUCACUUCUUACAGCCGUUGAUUUCCGGCUGAUGAGGUUUGCGUACACGUACACAGUAUCCGUGAGUGUAGUCUGGAGUAGAGCAACAACAAAUCAGUUAACCCUUGUCUACAGUAUCAACCGUGGAUUCACUUCAUAUAAAACAUCGAUGAAAGCAUGCACGUCUAAAAAAGAGCUCAGUGACUAGUCGAAGAAUCCUUGCAGUUUGAAUUCCAUCGGCACUGAGUUUGUGUUUACACUGAAGUCAGAUGGGGGAGGUGAGGAAACUCCAAAAGAAGUUAAGGCAAAUUGAAAACUUGGAGAUCAAAAUUUCCCUCACUCCCGAGGAAAAAAUAAAGGUCUCAAAGAAGGCGGAGCUUCGCUCCAGAUUGGCCGAGCUUCUGCUGCAGCAUUCUGGCCCCCAGCAAACUCAAGGAAUUGUGGGAAAGGAGAAGGAUAAAAUGAAAAGACAAGUCGAGGAGGUCACAGAGCAACUUGUUGCCUGUCGUCCUGCGCUGAAGAUUGCUCGAGAGGAGAGACAAGAGAAUGAAAGAAUCGAUGGAAGCCAGACAGAUGGCAGAGGAGAAACGCAUCUCCCCGUCAGCCCCAGUGCAGAAGAACAAGAAGAUGCCGAGUUCAAAUCUCGCAAACAAACUUGGGAAAAGGCCAAGUUUCAUCUCAGAACUCUGGAGGGUCAUAGUGACAUCAUCACCUGUGCGGUCGCCGUCGACAAUCUUGUGAUUUCUGGCAGUCGAGAUACAACAGUUAAAGUGUGGCACGUUCCCACGGCAACGGAACAGCGCAAUUUGGGAGGUCACAGCGGUGGAGUCACCUGUCUCAGUGCACCACCUCCAGAGUACUGCAGGAGAUUGGCACGUGUAUUUGACUUGGCUGAAAAGGAAAGAUUUGUUCUAAGUGGUUCCACAGACUGUUGUGUGAGAAUUUGGGCUUUGAGCUCGGGUCAGUGCGUCAAAUCCAUCUACACAUUCAAUGCAGUCUCAAGCCUGUGCUUCAUUCCUGAAGGAGAGGGCUUCAUUGUUACAGGUUCAGACGCUGGGAAGCUGCAGGUGUGGAGCUGGAGCUCGCUGGAGAACUGUCAGUCAGAGAACGCACACCUGGACGCAGUCACCACACUACAGUCCCAGGGUCCUCUGCUGUUCAGCGGCUCCGCAGAGGGAUGUGUGUGUGUGUGGGAGGUGUCCGAUGAACGGACGGAGCCCCUCCACAGGUUGCACGUCUGGGGGCCAGAAGUCACAGGGUGUGGUGGGGAUGACGGGAGGCUGAUUCUGAGCCCCCGCGGUGACCGUGUGUUCCUCUCUUGUGGAAAGGCCAGCAUACGAAUCCUAAAUUGGAGAACAGGCGUGAUGACCAGACUAACCAAUCACAGCAGCACUGCUGGUGUCACAGAUUGCGUCAAUCAAAUACCCGGCCUUUUGAUCGGCUCUUGUUUUGACAUUACUAACGGAGAGAGCAUAAUUAACCUGUUCUCGCUUCCCCAGAGCAAAUACCUGGUUUCACUCACUUCUUCAGAUCUUCCCAGGAUUCUUUGUUUUGCUGCGUGGCUAACAGCAAGUGGGGACCAUCGUUGGGUCACAGGGGGUCGUAACCUCAUUGUUUGGGAGCAGCUUCCUGGAAGUUUUAAAAAGAGAGGCGAUGUCACAGUGAGACGAGACAGCCGAUUGGAAGAUUGUCUUCUGGAAUCCGACAGAGACUCAGAAGACGAACAAAGUGAGGUGGACGAUGAUGAAGACUCCAUACCCCAGGAUGCAUCAGAAACAGAGGAACCCGCAAGUUUUUCAUGGCUGCGUUGUGUUCUUCAGUGAGCGAGAGGAGGGGUAAAUGAAAAAAAGAGAGCGAGGGGAAGGAGAUUGAAGGAAGGUUAAAAAGAACAAACUGCAAAGGAAGAGAAAGCAAAGGCAAGGUCAAGGGGCGACGAUUGAGUGCAAGAAAUCACGUGAAGGGACUGAAGUGGAACAGAUUGACUGACUGGCAGAAGGGAAAAAACAGGAGGAGGAGAGAAACAACAGACUGUUUUCUAUGUAAACGUCGAUCCAAUAAACCCUACCAUGUUAUGUCUGUGUACGUGUGAGGGUAUUUAUCAUCGCUGGCACUUCUGUCUAUAAAUAUCUAUAGCGUUGUUCAUCAUGUAGGGCUCCCGUCCAACGCUACAUUAAUGUAUAUAGAUUUUCCUGCCGCUGCCUCUUUUCAUUUGUCCUUUCUGAAUACUUUUUAUUUACUUCAGCUGGUCUUCGGAAUAUUAAUAAGCCGCUUCUUUUAUUCUGUCGGGCUAUUUUCGCCUUCAAAAUUCAUUUAUUUUCUUCUCGCUGCCUAUUUAAUUGAACCAGUUAAGAUGCAUAAUUAGUAUUUCAAUCUUUCCUCCAAUCCUCCUUCCCUCCCUCCUCUGGCUCUCUCUCUCUCUUUCUCUCUCUCUCCCUUCCUCUUCCGCACUCUAUUUCUCACUCGCGCAAUUUCUACAUGUCUCUGUCGCUACGGCAACCAAUGCUUUUCCCCACUUCCAGGCGCUCUGUCUCUCUCCCACUCCCUUCUUCAGUGGCAUGAGGUAGGCAUGUGAGCCGAUAUCUGUCUUGAGAGUUUGAAUCUGCAUGUUUCCAAGUGUGUGUAGGUGUAUUUGUGAGUGUUGCCUGGAAGUCAGAGUGUGCCGUAAAUCUGGAUACAGAUGUUGAGUUUUGUUUGACGGCUCGGGAAGAGGCUUGACACGGGGAACGCAUCCACAGGUGUGUUCGCAUGUGUGUUUUUCUGUGGAUCUUGUGGUUUGGUUCUUGAUGAAUGUGAUCCGUUUUGAUCCGGAUGAGUGUGUAUGCUUUACAGUAUGUGUGUGUUUUUAUUUGUGUUGUCUCAGAGCCAGCAGGGUAUUUCUCCACUACAGCCAUCUGUUUAUGGUCUUUUAGUCAGUGUCAAGACUGAACCCUCCCCCUUCCAGCUCUGUUUCUCUUCUCAUCCUUCUCUUUAUGUCAUUCUCAUUUAAGACAUGAUCGGAGCGGUGAGGAGUCAGUGAACAGGCUGAAGCGAUGG